AUGGUUCUCGACGACGCCUCCCCGCAAGCGGGCGGCUUCUCCAACAACAAUGCCUCGGACGAAUCUUCGACCAUCGUAUACGGAGCGCUCGGCCGGCCGCUGAAGAUCAAACCGGAGCUCAUGACCCGGCCUGACUAUUUCACACUGUACUUUGGAUUCUUUGGCCAUGGGCACUGGAAUAGGCGGGCAAUACUUAGCAUAUCCGAACGGGUGCAAAACACAUACGUACUAUGUGGCCGGGACGCAACACAGGAAGAGGUGGACGCAUUUGUCCAGCACGGCACGCGCGAACUGUACCACGGGCGAAUCGGACUACCGCUAUCUGUGUUUGCCGGCACUGCCUAUUUAUACAAUAGUGCGCGCAAGUCGCCAAUGUUCCCCGCGGAUCCGACACCCACCAACCUACUCUCCACGCUACGGAAUUUCGCCACAUCUGACCGGACAGGCUUCAGACAGGAAGCGUUUCGGGCGGGGUUCAAGCUGCUGUUUUGGGGCUCACUUGGCGCUAUCGUCUCGUCCACGUUCAGCACGUCCAACUAUAUUCGGAACAUACUUGGGGAUCCCCGAUUGGAGCAAUUCAGGAAGGACAUGGCGCAACAGAAGCCCGACGAGAGGCGGAAGCGCAACUAUGAGAUGCAAAUGCAAAAGAUACGCCGGCUUAAAGGGGAAAGGCAGUCUACAGAAGAUACCGCUGGCGCCUAUGCGGAAAGCCAUGAUAACGAACAAGACAGCUAUGACUCUUCUGGUUCGCUGAACUCUUCUUACUCGCCUUCAUCGCCGUAUAAUGCUUCCCCCAGUGAGAACGACAUGACAUACAAUGCUACGGAGCUUAGCAAGCAUUCCCGCUCUGCGGAUCAGCCGCGUUCUGGUCCGGACGCCUCCCGCCGGCCUCGGAUGUACGGCAGCCCGACAGCAACAAAGGGCGUUGGCAAUGAGUCCGGGUCUGGGGGUGACGAUUUCUUCGGUGAUGACGACAAUAGCCCCACGGCUCCAGAGUACCGAGGCACCAAUCCCGAUGGCACGGCAGGUGGCAGUGCCUGGGAUCGGGUCAGACGACAGAAUGCCUCCGGCCCCCAGUAUCGGCAGGGGUCAUCGCGGCUCGGCUCGCAGCAGAUCUCGGAAUCAGAGGGCGAUAGGUAUGAAAGCGAGCGUAGGCGUGAGCGGGAGCAGGCUCAGGCCGAUUUCGAUCGGAUGAUGGACGCCGAGAGGAAUGCUCCCAGUGAUGGAGCGCGGCGAGGGCGGGGUUGGGGCUCAUAG